CCUCUCACUCUGACAGCGUUCAGUGUCGUCCCAACAUGGCUGCUCUCCGGUUGAUCCUCAUUGCGCUCGUGGCGACCUCUGCAGCGGUACCUCUACCGCAAGGCAGCGCUCUGUCCGCUCAGCCCGAGCCUCUUCUGACAGAGGGCGCUGACGGCGAGUCCCCGACCCAGGGCUAUCAGCAUCAGGAGCUCAACCCUGGAGAUGGCAGCUACAAGUUCGGCUAUGAGACCGAGGACGGCGAUUUCCGUGUGGAGCAGCGUCUGGGCAGCGGUCAGCUGAGGGGCAUCUCGGGAAAACGCAGCCCGGACGGCGCCGUCAUCGAGGCUUUCAGGUACAGCUACGACGGGUACGGGUACAAGCAGGAGCCGUACUCGCCUGAUCAGGUGCCGCAGUACCUCCGUUCGGCAGCCGGACCGCAGAGCCUUCCGCAACUAGUGCACGAGCUGCAGCUCUUCCCCGAGUUCUUCAACUGAGAACUGCCAGCGGGGAUUCCGAGAGACGCUCGACGCUCGAUUUGCCUACGAGUUAUAUUUUUCGAAAUGUGUUUAGAGUUGACCUAGAAAUGAUGAUUUCAAGAAAUCGACGAAAACGUUGGAUAAUAAUGCGACAUUGCCACUUCAUGACAGUUCAUUUUUCUUCUUAGAUUAAAUAUUUUUUAUGUUCUCUGUUGCUAUUUCAUGAAAAGAUGCGCUGAAAUGUGUAACGAGGUGGGCUUGUGUAAACCCGUAUUGCAUGCUUUUCAGUGAGCGUAAAUAAAGCUUUCGUGUA